AAAUGUUACAGGGUCCUUAUCAGUGGGGACAUGUAUCCAUUGACAAAGAAUAGGAUUCAUAAAUUUUGCAUUUUCUGCAUAUCAUAUGUAACUUUUAUGCUGGAUUUGAACGGUGGUGAUUGUUAGAUCCAUCAAUUUACUUUCCCCCAAUGUGAAAGAAAAAACCAUCUUUUUAUUUUUUUUUUUUCUUGGAGAAUUUUUCAUUGAUGGUGGAUCCCAUACAUCACCACCAAUUUUCCUUAAAUUUCCUCCCUCCGAGUCAUGGAGUUGUUGUAUGUUGAAAACCAUGGCAAGAGGAGGAGGAAGAUGAAAAUCAACCCUGAUCAAGAUGAUCCACCAUCAACUGCAAUGGAACAUCUACCACAUGAGAUCAUCCAUGAUAUUCUUUCAAGAUUACCCAUCUCUUCUUUGGUGCAAUUCAAGUGUGUUUGUAAAGCUUGGAGAGCCUUAGCUCAAGAUCCUCACCUUGUGAGAUUCUAUCUCUCUACCACAACCAACAACGAUCCUUGUCUGAUUCUUCACUGCGAUUUUCCCAUCAGGAACCAGAUUUACUUCGUGGAUUUUGCUGCUGCUCCAGACCAAGGAAAAGACAAGGUAAAAAGAAUCAAUGUACCCUUUUGGCCUAUGAUGCCAGAAUUCGAUGUGGUAGGUUCCUGUAAUGGUUUACUUUGUUUAGCUGACUCGCUUUACAAUGAUGCUGUUUAUAUUUACAACCCUUUCACUAGGAACCAUGUAGAGCUCCCAAAAUCGCUGAAAUAUCCUGACCAAGAAGUUGUUUUUGGGUUCGGAUUCCAUCCAAAAACUCAGGAAUACAAGGUAGUAAAGAUUGUUUACUAUAGGAAUGGUCAUAGUACUUACCCUCGAGCCCGUAGGCUCGUGUAUCCACAAUCUGAAGUUCAAAUUCUAACUCUAGGCAGCCCCAAGUGGCGAAGUCUAGGCAAGAUAUCAUACCAGCUCGUUCGCCGCCCGUCUGAGGCCUUAGUUAAUGGAAGACUUCAUUGGGUUAGUCGACCCCGGAGAUAUAACCCUGCUCGGCGGCUAGUCUCAUUUGACUUAGCUGAUGAGCAAUUCAGGGAAGUCCCAAAGCCAGACUGCGGCGGCCUGAGUAGAUGCAACUACCACCUUGUGGUGCUGAGGGGGUGUCUUGCUGCUGCUGUGUAUUGCAGCUAUGGAAGAUUGGAGAUUUGGGUGAUGAAAGAGUAUAAUGUGAAGGAGACUUGGGUAAAAGAAUACAGUAUUGGAACUUACAUGCCAAAGGGAUUGAAGCAAAAUCUUGAUAGGCCUUCAAAGAUUUGGAAGAAUUCUUUGAAUGGAAGAGUUGUUAGAGUGUUAGGCCUUCUGCAAGAUGGUGAGGUUUUGUUGGAGUACAAAAGCAGAGUUCUUGUUACUUAUGACCCAAAUCAUGGAAAGUUUAAAGAGCUUUCAUUACAAGGGAUACCUAAAUGGUUUCAAGCUGUUGUUCAUGCAGGCAGCCUCAGUUGGAUUAAUACUCCCAUUGAUACAUAGAAGUUGAUGAUGAUUUCUUGGCCUGUGAGUUUUAAAACUUCUUUGAUCUUUACAACGAAAAACACAAAGAUUCAUGUUUUGUGUUCAUUAGUGUAGUGUUAUCAUGUCAAUUAAUUCCUUGUUUGUAUAGAUGAAAUUCAAUCCAUUACCAGAAAUAAACUCAUUCUCUAUUGAAUUUACAAAA